AGAGUUCACUGCGCCUGCGGAUACAUCCAAGGAGGAAGCGACGUCACAUGGCUAGAAUCUCAUUGGAAGUUCAGUUCAGGCUUGUGUGUUUGAUGCGUGAAAGAGAAGUGAUAUGAUCGUUCAAAGUAAGCUAUAGACCCACUGCAGUGUCCAAACCCAAUGGGAACAAAUGAAGGCCUGAAGUUGUCACCAUGAAGACCCUCAUAUGAAUCCUAUAUUUAUGCAUAACUUGAAGAAGAGGCAACUAUGGUGGAUACCUCGGACGUGAAAGCCCACCAGCUGGAGUCAGGGCCAGCUGUCUGUGGGCCAUAUAUUGCGGUUAUUACCAACAAAACUGCAAACCUGGUCAUCCGUGGUGUUAUGCUGUUUUCCGUUGGGGUCUUCCUUUCUCUGGUGCUCAACCUACUCCAGGUCCAAAGGAACAUUACCCUCUUCCCCCCUGAUGUAAUUACCAGUGUUUUUUCCUCUGCCUGGUGGGUGCCUCCCUGCUGUGGUACAGUCUCCGUGAUGAUUGGUCUACUUUACCCCUGCAUUGAUCAUUGCCUGGGUAAGCCGCACAAGUUCAAGCGUGAAUGGUCCAGCGUGAUGCGCUGCAUUGCUGUCUUCGUGGGAAUUAAUCAUGCCAGUGCAAAGGUGGACUUUGAAAACAAUGUGCAGCUGUCUUUGACUUUGGCUGCCUUGUCCAUUGGACUGUGGUGGACCUUUGACAGGUCCCGCAAUGGAUUUGGUCUGGGUGUCAGCAUUGCCUUCUUGGCUACUCUUACCACCCAGCUGCUUGUCUACAAUGAGGUUUUCCAGUAUACUUCUCCUGAUUUUCUCUAUAUACGUUCCUGGUUACCAUGCAUUUUUUUUGCUGGUGUAAUAACUAUGGGAAAUAUAGGACGGCAGCUAGCUACGUAUGAGUGCAAUGUUGUUCAAGAGAAGAAGCAUCAAGAUUAGGAGUUGAUGAAUAGACAUGCCCAAAACUCUUCCCCAAGGAGGCGUCCAGGAGGCAUCCUAGAUAGAUGCCUGAACCACGUCAAGUGGUGCCUUUCAAUUUGGAGGAACAACUCCUGAACGUCAGAACUCCUCACCCUAUCUCUCUAAGGCUGAGCCCAGACACCCUGCGAAGGAAACUAGUUUUUGCUGUUUGUAUCCAUGAUCUCAAUCUUUUGGUUACUACCCAAAGCUCAAAGAUGAGUAUAGGAGCAUACAGCUGCAGAAAAAAUUAAGAGACUGCAGCACAAUUUUUUUUUGUUUCACUCUUUUUCAGUUUAUGUGUUUGUUUGUGAACAAUUAAUUUUGCAAACUGCAGCCUGGUUCUUGUCUCAUUAAUGGAGGACUCCUUCCUUGCUUUAUGGGACUUCAGUUCUGCUUCUAGGAGCCUGAUAUGAACUGUCCUAGCAGAGCACAUCACACCUGCACUUAAUGUUUCACAUUGCCUUUGAAGGUCACUUGGUGUCAUCCUCUGAUUCAUGAGAAUUUCUUGGAUAAGUUUGUCAUCUCUGACAUUAGAAUGUCACUUCCACACUUUACCUGGCUGGGUUCUGGUCAUUCUGGUCUGCCCUGGUGGAGUCCAACAUCUACUGGGAAUAUGUCUGACUUACUGCUGGUGAUGCAAACCAGACUUUAUACAGGGGCAUGAUGAUCCACAAGAACAGACUCGAAACUCGUGAAACACCCCUCACAGGAUCCCCCGAGGGGCAUGAAUCUAUGCUUUUUCCAGGUCCACAAAAUACAUGUAGGCUGGUUGGGCAAACUCUCUUGUAUCCAGUAUCAGUGUGCAGGUGAAGAGUUGGUCUGGUCUGCGGCCAGGAUGGAAUCCGCAUUGUUCCUCCUGUAUCUGGUUUUGGCAAAGUGGUGAACCCUCUUAUUCAGUAACCCAGCAUAGACCUUCACAGGGAGGCUGAGGGGUAUGAUCCCCCAGUAGUCUACAAUGCAGUGUAUUUCAGGACAAAAUUUCCUGGAAAAAAAAAAUGUAGAUUUAAUACUUGAUUGCAUUGCAUCAAAUUGUGUUAUAAAUAAAAUAGCAUAUACUUUUUAAAAUUGCAAUACUUAGAAAUACAUUUUUGUAGAUUGGCUGUAUUUGUGCCUUAUUUAAUUAUUGUCAAAGAUUGCUUACUACAAUAAUAAAUAUCAUUUUAAUUCUCAACAGGGAUAAAGGACAUUAGGACAAAAGCGUAUAAAAGGUAUAAUUGUAGGCUUGUGAUACAGCCUUAAAGCAGCACGUUUGUUUUACAUGUGCAUGGCUACACAAAGAAACACUAUUUUCUUUUGGUUUCCCAUUUAUUCUCAUUUUGUUUACUUAAGUGACAUUUUUUAAAUGUUUCAUUUGGAAUUUCCAUUUACUGUUCAAUGACAGUCCAACGGAAAAAACAUUAUUAGAAUUUCAUUUUUCUUUACAUUUUGCUUGAGCAGUAUUUGAUUUUUCAUACCAUCAAGACACUGACAUCUGCAUUACUGUGGUGUUUUCAUGCAUUUUUCAACAGCAGUUGUAUUCUAAUAUGAAAUCUUGCUGAUAGAAUUUGCUGAGCAUGGAUGGAAAUACCAUGGCAUGCUACCCAAGCCUACUUUAUAUAGGCAUGGAGUGGUUGAGAUGGAAAUAAUUUCUAUGUAGAAACAGCCAUUUACGUUAAAGCUGAGAAAUAAGUUGAAUCACAAGUGAGGAGUGGAAAAAGAAAAUGUAAUUCAAAGUACCCAGUCAUGAAGAUUCAUCUUUAUUGUACGAUGUAAGUUCCUAAACAUUUGUAUCCAUGCUUAAGUUCUUCACCCCCCCCCUAAAGAAUUUUCAUCAUCUGUGCAUUAUUGAGAUAAGAUGAAUUGCAGCAGCUGUAUUUUAUAGUAAGUGAAUCUGUUUUCAGUAUAUUAUCUCUUGUUGCGUCAUGUGGAAUGUAAUAAAUCACGUUUGUACAAA